AUGGGCCAUACAACAGAUCCAAUUGCCAAAGUGAAUUUCCCUCCAAUUCCCAAAGGCACGCCGUCAGACUCAUUAGAAUGGGCCAAAGAUCCACGUAUCGCGUACUCACAAGUGACAGGAAAGUGGAUUUUUGAAGACGUCGACAAUGGAGAUGAAUACGAGUUCAAUGAAGAAGUACGCAGCUGGGUCCCUAUCUUAGAAGAAGAAGAUAUAAAAUCCCAACAGCAAGCUUACCAACCUCCUUCGAAACGAUCACCAGAUCGUGAAGAUGAAUCCAAGCACGAAGACACGAGUACUAAUGGCUCAAAAAGAACGAAAAAACCAAAAUUAGAUCAACCGAGUCACAAAGAAAGAAAGCCAACCGGUAUUUAUUUAUCGAAUCUUCCAAAAGAUGUGACAUAUGAAGAACUGGACACGACGUUCUCCAAGUACGGUGUUAUCGCUGAGGAUUUGAACACAGGAAACAAGAAGAUUAAAAUCUAUAGAGACGAUAAGGACCAGCCAAAGGGAGAUGCUCUCAUCGUUUAUUUUAAACCUGAAAGUGUUCCUUUAGCCAUAGAAAUGAUGGAUAAUAGCGAACUACGUCCUGGAGAGCCGGGUAGAAACCCUAAUGGCAAGAUCGCUGUUCAAUUGGCAGAGUACAAACACUCCGAAGACAAUCACGAAAAGCCCAAACUCAACGCCAAAGAGAAGCUCAAGAUACAAAAGAAGCUACAGAAGCUCAAUGAGUAA